AGAGCUAAGAGCAAGACCUUGUGCUUUUCUUUUCGUGUCAACUAAUCCCCCCCAAAAUAAACUCACCACAGAUCAAUGAGGAACCAUUUGCAGUUUCUUUGGCGUCACAUCUUGGUUUUCUUACUUCUUAGUGUCUCAUAUCAAGUUGAAGCAAAAUCAACUAUUGAACCAUGUAGCUCAGGAUUCCCUUGCCCCUCUCUUCUCUCUUAUAUCUUGCCUUGGGACUCCAAGCUCUCAGAAAUUGCAACACGCUUCAGUGUAAAUGUAUCAAACAUCUUGGCUGCAAACUCUGUUUUUCCCAUAACACCAUCAAGUGGCCAUCAAAUCCUUUCUGCAAAAUCAAUAGUCAAGAUACCCUUUUCAUGUCCUUGUGUGGAUGGCAUAAGGAGGUCCAUUUCAACCAUUUACAAUGUUGAGGCAAGUGACACACUCGCCUCCAUUUCUGAAGGUUAUGGUGGAUUAGUUAGUGCUGAACAGAUUAAGACCAUGAACAGCAUCAAUGAGACAAACCCUUUGACAUAUGGAAGCAGCAUUGUUAUACCACUUCCUUGCAAGUGUUUGAACAAUGUUAACAAUGGAGACACCACUGUUUACAUGUCUUAUGUGGUGCAGAAAGGGCAAAGCUUGGGAAGCAUAGCAACAAUGUAUGGUACUACAGUUUCAGACUUGGAAAGUGUAAAUGGACUUGGGCAAAAUGCAGUUGAUCCAGGAGACAUACUAUCUGUUCCUGUUGCAGCAUGUUCAUCAGCAACCCUAAAUUGGUACAGUGAGAAUCUUAUAGUCCCAAAUGGCUCAUAUAUUUUAACUGCAAGCAACUGCAUCCAAUGUACUUGUACACCAAGGGAUCUCAAGAUGGAAUGUCUUCCUUCUGGAAUGGAUGUCCCCUGCUAUAAUUUGCAUUGCAAAGGAUCCAAUCUUAUUAUUGGAAAUGAAUAUGUGGAACAUUCACAAACCAGUUGCAAUGUGAGCCAGUGUGUUUACCGUGGACAUAGAGGUGGCAAAAUUCUGAGUAGCAUCAUAAACUCUUCUUACCUCCAGUGCCCUGAUAAUCAAAGUUAUAGUGGACCAUCACGUUGGCCUUCCUUAACACCAUAUGCUGCAGAGUACCCAUUUGAUAUAUCUCCAAGCCCAUCAUCACCACCAUUGCCAGUUUCUGAGGCUGCUCUGAGGACACGUGCCUCUGGUGGAUGGCAGGGACAAUCUUUAAUCAAUGUGAUGCAGUUGUUUUUGAUAAAACUUAUCCUUUAUUUUAUCAUGUGAACAUAAGCAUAUGAUAAUCUGAUAAGGUUAUGAAAAUAACCUCCAAAGAGUUUAUAGCUGAUCUUAAACUACUUUAAUAAACUUACUCAAACAUUUGCAUUGGUGCUUAUGCUCUAAGUAAAUACAGUAUGCUAGUACCAGUACUAGUUUCAAAGGCGUACAAUAAUGAUCGUAGAACUCUAGCUAUUUGUGACAUAUAUGCAUUUCGCGGUGGUUUUCGAAUGCCGCUAAACAUGUGUUAAUGUGAGCGCGUGACGCAAUAAGUGUUACACAUUUAACAUGUCAACUCUUUAG